AUGGAGGAUGUUACUGAAGAUAUAAUCAGUAUGGAAUCACGUUUUAAAGAGAAAGAAACAAACUCCCCUUUGCUAUUGCAAAGAAUAUUAUCUGGAGAUAUUUUGGAUAUGUAUAGUGGUGAGCAGAGCAUUUCAUCAGUUAAUAUGGGCCUUACAAAUACUUCCUGUUUAAGAAGUCUAUCAAUGAAAAAAGAAAUUACAGUAACUGACACUCGAGCUGUGGCAAAAGAGAGACAAAAGAAAGACAACCACAACCUCAUUGAAAGAAGAAGAAGGUAUAAUAUUAAUUACAGAAUCAAGGAGCUUGGCACUCUUAUUCCAAAGUCUAAUAAUCCUGAUAUGCGCUGGAACAAAGGAACCAUUCUUAAAGCAUCAGUGGAGUACAUCAAGUGGCUACAAAAAGAACAACAGAGAGCUCGAGAAUUAGAACAUAGACAGAAGAAAUUAGAGCAGGCUAACAGGCAGCUUUUACUUCGGAUUCAGGAACUAGAAAUACAGGCUCGUGCUCAUGGUCUUCUAACCCUGGCUUCACUUGGCACAGUUGAUUUAGGUGCUCAUGUCACCAAACAACACACCCAACUUGGGCAGAAUUCUGUAGACUGUUGCCAACAACUCACUCUGUUUCAGGAAACAAGCCCCAAGCUCCACGAUCAAGCUAUCGCCUUCUCUGAUCCUUUGUCACACUUUACAGAUUUAUCAUUUAGUGCUGCUUUGAAAGAGGAACAAAUAUUGGGUUAUAUGCUAUUGGAUGACACAAUAUCUCCUUUUGGAACAGAUCCUGUGCUAUCUGCCACUUUCCCUGCAGUUUCCAAAGAGAGCAGUAGGACAAGCAGUUUUAGCUUAGAUGGUGGUGAUGAGUAA